AUGUACAACAGCUAAGCCGAACGCACUGCCCUCUCUUCUCAACUUCUCCCUUUCCGAUUUUUCGAUUUCCGUGUCAAGCAAGCAUCCACUCUCCUGCAUUUCUUAACCCAUGGGCAAUAACCAAACCCCAACUCAAUAAAUCCCCCUUUUUCUUGCCUUCUAAUCUUCUUCCUCACCCACUUUAUCCUCCAAUUGAUUCGAUUCUCCUCGAUGAGUUUGUGUUGAGUUUGCGGGAGCACCAUCACUCCACUUUACCCACCCUUUUUCUUCUUCUCUUUCUAUUCUACCUGCGGGAAAUGGGACAGGAGGUGGCGGUUGUGGCCACGGCUGCCGGAGCAGCGCCGUCUCCGACCUCUCUGGCGCCGGGCUUCAGGUUCCACCCCACCGAUGAGGAGCUCGUCAGGUACUACCUCCGGAGGAAAGCUUGCGGGAAGCCGUUCCGCUUCGAAGCUGUUAUUGAGAUCGAUGUCUACAAAUCUGAGCCCUGGGAGCUUGCUGAUUACUCGUCUCUGAAGACUCGAGAUCUCGAGUGGUACUUCUUCAGCCCCGUGGAUAGGAAGUACGGGAAUGGGUCUCGGCUGAAUCGUGCCACGGGUAAGGGGUAUUGGAAGGCGACCGGAAAGGAUAGAGCGGUGCGCCAUAAGAGUCUUACCAUAGGUAUGAAGAAGACGUUGGUGUUCCAUAGCGGGCGGGCGCCUGAUGGAAAGCGGACCAACUGGGUGAUGCACGAGUAUAGGCUCUGCGAUUCAGAACUGGAACGGGCUGGAGUGACACAGGAUGCGUUUGUGCUGUGUAGAAUCUUCCAAAAGAGCGGCCUAGGACCCCCCAAUGGGGACCGGUACGCCCCUUUUGUCGAAGAAGAAUGGGAUGAAGAUGCAGUGGUGGUGGUGCCUGGGGGAGAUACCGAAGAUGAUGUGGUGAAUGGUGAUGAAGCACGAGUCGAGUGUACUGAUCUCGAUCAGGACACUCCGCCUCUAACGAUGGCUCCUCCCCAGACUGAGAACACGACUGGGAUGCAGUCUCUUCCGUUUUUGUGCAAGAGGGAGAGAUCAGAAGAAGACCCCGAGCCACUCUCUUUAGCUCAGAGCAAACGGGGGAAGCCUGACGAAAAUCCCAACUCGAGCCACGCUAAUGGAUCCGAAGAUUCCACCACGACCAGCCAGGAUCCUUGUACAGUGAUGAUGACGACAAAUUUUACCUCCGGACUACUGGACUUUCCUCUAUUCGAGCCCAAAGAGAGCCAGCAGCCCGCGAGCACACUAGCAUUCGACUCCUCCAACCUAGAGAAGUCGGUGCCACCUGGGUACCUGAAAUUUAUCAGCAACCUAGAGAACGAGAUUAUGAACGUCUCUAUGGAGCGGGAGACCUUGAAGAUUGAGGUGAUGAGAGCCCAAGCAAUGAUCAACAUUCUUCAAUCACGGGUCGAGCUAGUGACCAAAGAAAACGAGGAGCUACGGAGACGUGCCUAGGCGGUAUCGGCAUGUAAUUUUCUUUGUUGGGGCCGGAUUCCAUCUCCAUUGCAUCAGAACUGAAUUCUGUGUUCUGUUCUUGAUGGGGGAGAUGAGUAGUGGGUGUCGAGAGAGAUUUUUGCCUCUGUAUUAUGUACUGUGAACUCUCCUAGUUUGGUGCGGACGACCUAUGAAUCUGUCGAAAAUUCUCCUCCCUUUGUUUCAAUAAACGAUGAUGUUUAGAAUCUCACAGCUUCCGUUUUUCC